AUGAAUAAAGAGUCAGGCAAAGAGCAUGUCUCCUUUGGGAACUUUGUCCGGCAUUUCGAUCUGACUGACAGGGAUUCCGCGACUAAAGCCUACACUGCCCUGAUUGAUUCUCCUCUAUUGCGCAGCGAACGACGGAAUAAACUCCAGAGCGCAUUCCGGGAUUUCUUGGAUAAUCAUGCAGAACGAUUCUGGGCCGAACUUGAAUCCCAAGUGUGCUCAGAAAUUACAGCCAAGCAAGCUGGGGCAACAGCUCAGAAGGUUGGGGUAAAACAAGCAGAGAUCUCUUAUACAAAGUAUUUUGCAAACGUUGACGAAUCGGUGCGGGCCUCGGUUACUCUUUCACCCGACGACGUCGUAUAUGAUAUCAUCGCCAACGCUGAUCAGGCAAACGAACAACAGGCGACGAGCACUACAGCAUAUUUGAAACGGGAUGUUGAUGGCGAUGUCACAUUCGCGAUGGUCAUCGACCUUGCUGUCGAGGAUGUUGAAGCUGAAAUCACAGACGAGGCGAUUACUGGCGCGCUACCGUCAGCCACACUAUCUUCUAGAACGACCUCGUCGACCAGCCCCACGGCGCCAGCGCUAUCGUCCUCACAAAAGUGCAGAAAAUCGUUCACUAAAAAGAACCGUCGAUCGUUGGAAGGGCGUUAUCAAGCGCUCGGAGAAAAAUGGAUCCUCGCAUCUGGGACAAUCGUAGAAGACGUGCUAUAUACUGCAGGCUCAGAUGAGGACUGCGCAUCAUUCAGUUUCAUGCUCGACCUGGAUGAUGCCAAGACGAAAGUGCUGUUUUCUGAGGAGGACUGGGAAGAGAUAAUCUCGGAUCUUCCACCUUAUGAACACUAUGGCAAAGGAGCUGGCGAGUAUCUGGAUAAAUGUAUGGAAGUUGCCAGUAGGGAGGAUAUGAGAAAGAUCUUGGAAAAGCGACAGGAUGACCCCGAAUGCAAGAUCAUAUACUAUUGUAUGGAUCAAUGGAAUCAAGACAUCGGCACCGUUGAUAGAAAGAAAAUCGGUGUCAAGGCCGACUUCCUAUGGCGCACAAUAUCAUCCCCUGGCAUCGAUUGGUCGGUUGGGGAGUCAGCGACCGUGUGGGACCCAGCCUCCAUGAAGUAUCGCAACGAAGGUGUCUUCAAGCUGCCUCGACAACUUCAUGACAUCUUGGUUGCGAGAACAAGUGAGGCUGGUGGCGUUGACUCUCUUCGCAAGGACGUCCACGCGGAGCUGGAGGAGGUGCCGGAGCAAGGUGAGUAA